AUGUAUUCUGAUGAAGCGAAAACCAAACCCUGUCUUCGAAACAUACCCUUCGACUCAGAGGGAGACGUCAGUCAACUCCCAGAAACCGGUGUCCUUAGCAUUCUUCAGUUCACUCUCCAUCCUGGUGUCGACCUUCUACAACCAUUACAACCAGUAUCAUCUCUAUGGCGCGACUCCUUAGAAUUUAUCUCUACGAUCUCCGGCUUUCAGGGGCUCUACUGGGCGCUAGUGAGCCAAGACACUGUCUAUCAACAAAUCAUCAUUAUCCUAAUCCAAUGGGAGAAUGGUCUAGCCUGGCGACGAUUUCAAUGUUCGAUAGGGUUUAGCAUGUUGCUAGGAUAUCUAGCGGAAUCGUUUAACCGGUGUAUAGAACUGUCUCUUCCUACCGGCCUGUCUAGCUCGAAGUCUCUUCUCGAAUUAGUCUCUUAUCGAUACCCACCGCGACUAUCCUCUACUGGCCUAAGGUCCUCCGAGGUUGAGGAAGAAAAGCAGAGAUUCAAAGAAGUCUGGGGAGUAUCAGUCCUUCCUCUUGCAAGUAUUACCCCAUCCCAGUCUGGGCGUAUCUUUGCUUUCGGGGGCUGGCUGCAGCGGGAUAGCCCUUUGGAAGACCAGAUCUUUAUCGGUCUGCUCUUUUGGGGAGACACGCAACCAGGCAGACAGCAAGACCAGACUGCCUUUGAUGUUGUCACAAGGCUGAAUGAGCUAUCAAAGGAUGCGACUUCCGUCGUCUCAUGUAUCACGAUGCCACUUUGCUAUAUACCAACUGGUUAUUCUGGGGCAAAGAAACCCACAAAACCUUCUACUGACUCCCCGCCAUGGAAGCAUCCUCUAUUGAAGGUGAACGUCACGCCAAUAUAUGAACCAACCGAAUCCACUGGCCCGGGUUACGCAGAUCAGGUCCAUCUAAAAAGUGUUACAGAAGCGAAAGCGGUUUCUACGACAUGCAUAUCAGCUGGGCCAGCGGGUCGUUGGUAUUGCAUGGGACUGUUAAGCCAGCAUUAUAUGCCAAAGCGGCCAGAAUUUACACCUAAAGCUACUUUGGAGCUAAUAACCUUUCGUGUCAGGAGUGGUACCUCCAUAGCAGGGGCUUUCAAAGACCUGCGACUUAGGCUGUGGAACUUAGCCCAGGACUCUGAAGUCCGUUGGGGAAUUGAUCAUGAGAAUGUUGGAUGGUAUACCCGAUACUCUUUAUUGAUAAACCCGCGCGGCGUGCAGCUAAACAAUGAGAUCCAGGCAGAAUUCCAAAAUCUCAUCCAUGAAUUUGCUCGCCAAUGUGGGGAUAAAAUAUUCGACAUGUCACAACGGAAGAUCCGCGGUCCAAGUGAAUUACGUCUUGUAAAGGAUCUUGAGAUAUCGACCUUUUAUAUCCCAGCAAAUGACUAUGACAUGGUCUCUUUUGAAUAUGCGUAUACACUCUAUAUCGGAUCAUCAUUCGCCCAGCUUAGAGAUGGAAUAUCCUUGAUCGAAACACCAGCUGCACGACCAACAGCACACGGCUGGGCUAUAGAAAACAACCUUCAAUCUGACCCUAAAACCGUGCCUUUUACUUCUGUGUUUAGCUGGAAGAGCCAGGCCGCUCGACAGGAGUGGUACGGCGAUUAUGCAAGACGGGCUCGAGCGGAGUUCAACCGGCUGGGACAUAUAAUAGACUGGUUGCAGACCCUAUGCAAGCGCGUUGAUAUUCAAUUCCUACUUCUGGAGGAAGAGGACAGCGAGAUCAGCGAGGCGAUAUUGAAGUCAAUGAUGCAGAACCUGUCGCAGCCACACAAGCCUGUAUUCACACUGUGGUAG